AACUAAUUAACACAGACAGAAGUGGGGAGAGAGGUAGUCAGACCUGACACAAUAGUAAAUGAUUUUUUUAAUAUAUGAUCUGCUCUUUUGUUCUCCUGCUGUAGUCGCUAAUAGACUGAUUGAGGAGUGUAGUGUUUAACACUGAGCAGACGAGGGGAGUCAGGCUUUGACACAAGGAUUCAGACACAGUCGGUGACCAACAUCUGAGGCAAAAAUCCCAACAGGACACUUAACAAAGAUGGAUUCGGAAAAGGAGGCUGACUGCAGCUAGUACUGCAGAAAAAAAUACUACUAAUAAUUUUUCUUUAAAAACAGUGAGGGGAAUUCACAGAAACGACAGGAUCGUUUGUAUAUUUGAUUAUAGCACAUACAUUAUUAAAGGAAGGAAUUUCAUCAAAUAUUGAUACCCAGAACUGGGCAAAAUGAAAUUGACUUUGUCAUAGGAUUACAAUUAUUUUUUUCUCUUAAAGUGGUUAAACAAGGAUUGUAAAAGGUUUGCACAGCACAUAAUGCAAUGAAGCCAUACAAUGUUGAUGGCUGCAACCCACACAUGGGAAAGACCAUUUUAUAGAGUUGUCCUCUGUGGAGAUCUUUAUCUAUAAAAGGGGUAAACAUAUCUUUUAGCCUUGCUGUGGGAAAUACACCCACAUAUUUCUGAUGGGUUUUUUAAGCAUGCUUUUAUCAGUGAUACUUUGUCUUGUGUAGAAUAGGCAGGUUGUGAACUCUGUCUAAGUCUAUGAACCUCAUAUGCUGUAAAUCCAUUUGACAGGAUAUGAAAAAUGAGACUGAUAUCAUCUAGGAACUUUUUUUUUCAAAUUUACUUAAAAGACACAUGUGGAACUUUUCAUCACAGAAUAGUAGUUUUGACCUUUCUAUAUUUGUUUUUAACAUAGCUUUUCUGGACUUUGUUGAAGAAAACAAUAGUUUCUGUAUUAUCUUCUUGUCACCCGUAUUAAUGCUGGGACACAUACGCACAUAGGCAGUACUAUGAAAUUAGACUUUCAGUGUAAGAGCACGUGUUCUAAUAUUUUAACACUUAAAAUAUCUAGUAAUAUAAAGGAUAUUUUCCAACUUAGCAAUAUCUAGCUAUAUUUCCAAUUUAUUUCCAAAUAUUUAAACCCACACAUUGUUAGAAAUAAUUAUUUUUUUUGCCAAUUUUACCAAGAAUAGUGUAGUAUUUUUUCGUAAAUUAUACACAUUUCGCGUAAAGAACAGUCACAAAACGGCUAGAUCCCUCCGCCAUACUGAAUCUGAAUAGCCGCCGCACCUGUCUGCACUCUCCAUCUCCUUCCGCAAGCGCAGACCACAGAACAUCGUCCUCCGGCGGACUAGAGCAGAGCUGCUGCAUCUCUCCACCUUCAUAUCUGUGGCUGACAGGAGUGUUCGCUGAGCAGCUUCACAGAUGUUCUUCACCUAAUGUGACAAUUCUCUCACAGCUGAAGGAAACACCGGCUGGAGCCAUGGGAAGACUUGGAGUGGUUGUGGGGAUUUUACAUUACGCAGGACUUUACGUUCAACUUAACGCAGCUCUAAUCAGCGGCCACAACAAUGUGGACAAUCACGUCUCUGGAAACGCUCUUUUCACAGAGGUUCCACACGACAUCACGACGCAGAGCGGAGAAGAUGUAGAGAUGGCUUGUUCCUUUAGGGGAGCGGGUUCUCCGUCACACGCCCUGGAGAUCCAGUGGUGGUACAUAAAGGACCGGCAGAAGGAAUCAUCUCAGAUCACCAACAAUGUUGUGCCCGAGGAGGAGAGAUCCAACAGAGCUACCAAAAUAAGUGUUGUAAAAGUGGCCGGCAGCAACAUCUCCCACAAGCUCCGUCUGUCCAGUGUCAGGACGUCAGACGAGGGCACGUACGAAUGUCGUGUCAUCGACUACAGCAGCACCGUGGUGAAGGACCACCGUGUCCGCGCGUACCUCCACGUGGAGCCGAAGAGAGGUCACGAGUUGGACGUCAUUAGUCUGCAGGAACAUCAAGAACAUCAGUCGAUUCCGCAGCGUGACACAGGGGUCCAAAAACUGAAGAGAAGAUCGAGCGAGAGCAUCACUGACUGUAAUGACAGCUGCGUACUGUAGAGGGUCCAGUCUCCUUAUCUUUUUUCUCUCUGUAUGUCUGCAUGGUGAAGGGACAGGAAUUAACAAACCCAUCGUGGCAGAGCCGAGCCAUUUACUGCACCUGGAGCCUGUGUUUCUCCUCAUUUGUUGCCCUGUCCUGCCGUGCUGUUGAUGCUAACACGGGGCAGAAUUUUAUCAAAACUUACUGCACAUUAUUUCGUUUUUCUGUUUGUCCCUGUGCUUUACCUUGUUGUAAUAUAUUUUUGUAUAGUGACAGCUAUGCUAUAACAAAGCAGGUUAAUUCUGUUUGUCUGGCUCACACAUCCUUUAUUGACCAAACACCCAAAACAUGCAGUAAAUGGCUGAGUGGACAGUCAGGCUUGUUAUGGCUGUCAUCAUUUACAGCCUGAACCCACUGAUCCAGACCGCCGGUGUCCACUCUGUUGUUUUUACAUCUUCACUAAAAGUUGUAGCAUUUUAAUGUGAAUGCUUCUAAGGGUUUUUUUUUUAUUUCUGACAAACUCCCAAAUAUCUUAUGUCUGUAAAUGAAAACAUGUCAAUCACAUUUCCAGCAAAAUUGAAAGUGAAAAUACACAAAUACAGAAUUAGAACGAGAUCAUUAGUUAAUAGUUUCUGCAUUUUUUGAAGCGCACACCAACUUUCCAGUGAUGCUGUUCGCACACGUGCUACUGACGAGUUUGAUGUUGACGCUGUCGCCUGUUUUGUAUAUUCUGCCUCUGCACCGUAAAAUUUUUACUCUGCACGACUAAACCAAAUGACUCUACAGUCACAGUUAUGGAUUGUUUACGUUGUCAGUCAUUUUGUCGUCAUCACCUCACCAACUGUUAUGUAUAUAUAAAUAUGUAAUUUUUGACAUGUUACAUGACUUUUUUUUGUUCCCACAAAUGCUACUACAGUAUUUAUCUGUACAUUAAUUUGAAAUACUUUGGUCUUUGUAUUGUUUUGCCAUCUUACGUUGAAGUUUAAAGUUGUUGUAGUUCUGAAAUCAAGUUGAGACGGUUUGGACAUUGUAAUAAAAUUUAAAUUAUUGAAAUAACAA